GUAGAUAGAUGUUUCAAUUUAAAAGUGAAAAGUUGAGAGAUUUUUACAAUGUCGAAUUUAGAAGAACUUAAGCUUAAAAAUCAAAAUACUAAAAUACGUCACAAAUGCGAUUAUUGCGGUAAGAUUUUCCUAACUAAAAGUAAUUUGGACAAUCACAUGGAUGCAGUUCAUUUGAAACUAAGGAAAUUUGUUUGCGAUAAUUGUGAACAGUCUUUUGUUACACAACAACGUUUGAAUAGACACGUUAUGAAUGUCCAUCAAAGAAUCAAAAAUUACUCGUGCGACACGCGUGAAAAAGUUUUCGGUUAUGAGAAAAGCUUGGCAGAGCAUAUUGCAACAGUUCAUGAAAAAAUCAAAGAUCACCAAUGCGGAGAGUGUGGCAAAUCUUUUGCACAUGCAGAUCAUCUGGCGAGGCACGUAGAUACAGUUCAUUUGAAAAUCAAAGAUCAUGAAUGUAAAGAGUGUGGAAAGUUUUUUAGUAAUAAAAGUUAUCUGAUGAAGCACAUUGAUAUAGUUCAUUUGGAACUUAAAGAACACAUGUGUGAGGAAUGUGGAAAGUCUUUUGGUCAAAAGCAGACUUUAAAGAAGCACAUUGAUACAGUUCAUUUGAAAAUAAAAGAUCAAAAAUGCGGAGAGUGUGGCAAAUCUUUUGCACAUGCAGAUUAUCUGGCGAGGCACGUAGAUGCAGUUCAUUUGAAAAUCAAAGAUCAUGGAUGUAAAGAGUGUGGAAAGUUUUUUAGUACAAAAGUUAUCUGAUGAAGCA